CCUGUCCCGAUUCUUCCUUCACUGAUCUUCCCCUCCCUCCCCUAUUCUCAUCUUAUUACAUCGGCGCCUUCUCUUUCUCUACUUGCAAGGCUUUCUCUACUUGCAAGGCUUUCUCUUUCCAGAUACUCCUUGUGUCUCGGCUCCAAAGCAGUCAAUUAGGAUUUUCCGCUGCUGUUGCGCUCAAGUCUUGUCUAAAAACAACUUCUGUCGACACGGUUGUCGCUUACUCCGCCAACUGCGACCCUCUAGAUUCCACCCGACUAUCUUCUCCCCAAACGCGACGUCACCAAUUCUCCACCAUAGUCUUUCAAAGAUGGCAGAGGGAAAGAGAACAGACGACUAUACAAUUGAGAUGGACAAGCUGGAUCAAAGCAACAAGGCGUUCGAGGCCCCGACGCCGCCGCCUCAGACAAGGACCGUCCCACCCAACUCUUUGCAGAACAAUCCAAUCCUGCCAGUAUUAGCCUACUGUGGAUCAUCCAUCCUGAUGACAGUGAUGAAUAAAUAUGUUCUCUCCGGCACUGACUUCAAUCUUAAUUUCUUCCUUCUCUGUAUUCAGUCUGUCGUUUGUAUUGUCGCAAUCCAAACUUGUAAAACCUGCGGCAUAAUCACUUACCGUGAUUUUAGCGCCGAUGAGGCCAGGAAGUGGUUCCCAAUUACCUUGUUAUUGAUUGGCAUGAUCUAUACUGGCUCUAAGGCGCUUCAGUUUCUUUCAAUUCCAGUCUACACUAUCUUCAAGAAUCUGACCAUCAUUCUUAUCGCCUAUGGUGAGGUCCUGUGGUUCGGCGGCUCCGUUACGGGUCUUACCCUAUUUUCCUUUGGUUUGAUGGUCUUGAGCUCCAUCAUUGCUGCGUGGGCCGACAUCAAGCACGCUGUCGAAAGUAGCUCUGACGCGACCGCCAAGGUUUCGACCUUGAAUGCCGGCUACAUUUGGAUGUUAAUCAACUGCCUUUGCACUUCAUCCUAUGUUCUUGGUAUGCGCAAACGAAUCAAGCUAACCAACUUUAAAGACUUCGACACCAUGUUCUACAACAACCUUCUCUCCAUACCUGUUUUGAUCGUGCUUUCCGGCUUGCUGGAGGACUGGUCGUCCACGAACGUCAACCGCAACUUUCCCCCUGUCGAUCGGAAUAGUAUUAUCUUCGCCAUGAUCCUCUCGGGCUUGUCUUCAGUGUUCAUCUCCUAUACCUCUGCAUGGUGCGUUCGUGUGACCUCCUCCACAACGUACUCCAUGGUCGGCGCCCUCAACAAGUUGCCCAUCGCAGUUUCGGGGUUGAUCUUCUUCGACGCACCAGUCACCUUCCCCAGUGUUUCAGCUAUUGUUGUUGGUUUUAUCAGCGGCAUCGUCUAUGCCAUUGCCAAAAUUAAGCAAAAUGCUAAGCCAAAGACGGGGGUCCUGCCCACUGCGAAUCCCCCCGUCAGCGCCAGCAGCCAGAGUAUGAGAGACUCUCUGCGGUCCUGA